AUGUUUUCAAACUAAAGCAAAAACACAAUUAUACAUUUGAUUAAAGAUACUGUCAAAGGAGAAAAGGAAUUGGAAAACUUAAAGUAAAGCCUAAUUCUUCAAAUAACUGAUAGCAAUGUAAGCUAUUAAACUUGCUUUUUACAUGUUAUCAAAAUCGUAAUAAUAUUAGCUUGCUUAUGAAAAGGACAGAAUAACUAGAAAUGAUUUAGAAGUAUUCCUCUAGAAUUAGUAAAUACGUUUUGAUUAAAGAGAAAUAUUGAUGCUUAAAUAUACCACCUAUUAAGAGUAAAAUAGUUACUAAUAAUCCAUUAGUUUUUUAGACUUGAUGCUUCCUAACAAUUAGAUCUUUUUAAAGCAAUAUCAAUAGGGAUAAUUGAAUUAUAACAAUCCUUCUCCAGAUGUGCUUAAUUUAAUAGGCAAAGUUAUUGGGAAAAACAUAGAGAUAAUUCGAAAAAUGUAGGCAUAUUUAGAUGCAUUGAUCCUAAGGGUUGAUAAGAAUACAUUGCUAAGCUUUUUGUGUCCUAAAUGCGAUAAAAAUAUGCCAGUCUUCUUAUAGUUACUAAAAAAUAUUGAUCUGGAUAUCAGUUUUGAAGAUGUUGUAUGUGCUAUGAGAAGAUUGGAUAAAGAUCAAGAUUCAGAUGUGAAUAGAUUUGAUUGGGAGGAGCUACUUAAAUGUUCAAAACCACCAAAAAGUAAUUAAGGUUCUAGAGGAAACCUAUAAAAAUAUGUUAGCAAAUAACAAAGUUAAUUGUCAAUUCAUAGAAGUGAAUCUAGAUAAAAGACAGAUCAAGAAAACAUUAAUUCAAAUAGAAAUAUUCUUUUGAAAUCAUCCACUAAAUCUUUAAAAAAGUAAUCAAGUUUGAAAGAGGAGUAAAUAUUGGAAUUUCAAUUGCACUUGUUAACAGUCGGAAAAUUACAAGAAGAGUUGGAACAAAUAAAAUUAGAAGUAAAUUAAUAACUAUAUUCAGCUUUCAAGCCGUGCUGACUAUUCAAUUUCUCAAGCAUUUUAGUUCUUUGAUCUUGAUGUAGAUGGUUCUAUUGGAUUGUAAGAUUUAAAACUUGGGUUUUUGUAGUUGGGAAUAGAUGUUAACGAGUUUAUAAUUAGGCAAUUACUUCAUAGCUAUUCGACUCAUCAUUCAUAAACUUAAUGGGAGUAAGAAAUAAUAACAAUAAAUUAGUCUCACUGACUUUAAGUAUUUGUUUCCAGAAAGCAAGCAGACUUUAAGUAGUUAUAUAGGAGCAUUUACUUAUGAAACCAAGAAAAUCAUAAAAAUGCUGAUAUAGAAAUAUUUAGAAUUAAUUAGAUAUAGGAAAGAAUCAACUCAUCAAAUGGGGUAAGACAUGAAGAAUAUUGAUAUAAUAUUUGACUACAUUGAUUUGGAUUAAGAUGGAAUAAUUACUUAAGAUGACUUUAAAGUAUUAGAUGUGAAAAGUAAACAUGUUUUACUGUUCUUUUAAUCAUUUCAAGAUUACCCUUACUAAAUAACUUAUAAUUAAUUUCAGAAGUAUUUUAUUUGA